GCAACAGGAAAUGACAUCACAAUAGUUCCGCAGUGUGAGUUUUUCCCCCACCAAAAUGGCGUCCGUGACAACAGCCACAUCUGAGUGGAUCCAGUUCUUCAAAGAUGCAGGAAUUCCUCCGGGUAUGGCUGCUACCUAUGCCAUGUCCUUUGUAGACAACAGAAUUCAGAAGAACAUGCUGAUGGAUCUCAGUAAGGACAUCAUGAUGGACUUGGGUAUCACAGUCAUUGGGGACAUUAUUGCCAUUCUCAAACACGGCAAGCACGUUUACCGACAGGAUAUGUGCAAAAUGGCCACUGAAGCUAUUUCCUCAGGCCAGACCAGCGUUCAGGCUGAGCUGAGGCGUACUGCCAAUACCCCUGCCACUCGGAUGAUCGCCAAUGCCUUGAGUCGAGACUCACCACCGAGCACGCCCGUGCGUCGCCCUGACAACCGGCUCUCAGUGACCAUCUCCAACAAGAGCUCCAAAAUCGCCGCCAGUCAGACUUCGGCAGAGGUGAACGGAUUGCCAGUAAAGCGCCGGCGAGUAACUUCAGAGAUGGAGGGGAAAUACGUAAUUAGUAUGCCAAAGGGCACCACCGCCCGGAGCCGACGCAUUCUUGCCCAACAAGCUAAGAAAGGUAAAAGUUUAAAGCGUACUUCCGUGUUUGAGAGACUGGGCUCCGAUUCUAAGACAGACACAGCAACAGCCAAUAAGCAAGUAACGGGUGUGUUCAGCCGUCUGGGCAAAGUGGACGAAGAUGAAGAGAUUGAUACUGCAAACAUCCCAGCGGCUGAAGAGGACAGCGAUGGCGAAGGCUCCGUGCUUCAGUAUGCAGGUGUCCUUAAACGGCCCCAACUGCCAUCCAAAAAAGAGCCCAUCGUCCAAAAAACUGAACCCGUCGCUCUGUAUCGCCUAGGCACCAAAUCUAAAAUCCCACUAAAAGAAAGCACGCCUACUGCUGUUCCCUCUUCUACAUCUUCCAGCCAGGAGGUGGCGCCCAAACGAAGGAUACUGCGAAGGUUGGGUAAAGUUCCUGCAGCCAGUCCUACUCCUGCGUCUUCUUCCAGCUUACGAUCUAGCCAGUCAACAGAGACUCAGGAUAGUCAAGUGACCAGCAGCAGGAGCAAGGCAAGCUUUGCCGUGGCCAGUCCUAAAGUCAGCAGCAGCACAGGGACGGGCAGGGACGCACACGGGGCUCAGAUGGACGCUGCUACAGUCAGUGUGUUCAAAAGGCUCGGCGCCAAGAGGAACUAACACACAAACCUCCUCAACACUCCUUUUCUUUUGGGUUCCUGAAGUAUCCCACGUUCAGGUUUUAGGAAUAAAGAGUAGUCUCUUUGUGUAUAUAGGAAUGAUCAUGUGCACCAUUAACAUUUUGCAGACUUCUAAUUACUUUUCACAUAAUGAUCCUAUACCUCUAACAUUUCUCCACUUUGAGAAAGUCUCUUUAGAUUUUUUUUUUAGGGAGGAGAGAUUCUAUGGCAGUUUUAUACAGCAAGGCAAUUAUGUAUGUGCUGUUAUGCCAUAAACAGACUUUGCAAUAUUAGGAUGUGUUAUUUAUAAGAUUUUUACUUGCCUCUUCACACAAUGAUCAGCAAUUUGCCUGAAAUUCCAACUGAAUAUGCAGUUCUGUUUUAAAUUCUGCGGAUAGAAAAAACUAUCAAAUCUUUACAACUUCCCAAAAUAAUGUAUACAGGAAGGUCUGGAUUAGUGAAAUAUUGUGUGCACUGUGUUACCGGUUCACCCACUUCACAUCAACAUCUUUCACCUGCCUUCCUAUAAUCAAGAACAAUGUCCUUUUAUUUUCACUUAACUGCCCAUCAACCUUACCGACUUCCACCCAUGUAGCCAUUAAAAUACUUGUAGAAUGAUAUAAAACACAUCUAAAUUCAAAUUUUAUUUGUCCCAUAUACAGUCAUAUCUACACUGUAACUCAUAUCCACAACAACAUAUCCACACUGUAACUCCAGUCACUGUCAAAACACUCCAUGAAAUCAGAUGUUACUUUAAAGCCCUGAGUUUUUCUUCUUCUGAUUCAAAGCCACGUUAAAUGUUAUCUGGAUGUAAGGAGUAAUCAAGGUGUCAUCUUCCCCUGCUGGGAAAUAGCAUUAAGUUGCUAAGCAGUGCACAUGGCGAUAGACCCUAGGGUGUUGAUGUUUUUCACCUCUGUUUCUGGCCAACAUGACAGAAAGCAGCUUCUGGGUUUGAAUUACACCAGCAGGUGCUGACCACACUCUUGUCUCAGCUACAUAAAUGAAUAUACCUGGCCUCCGACCCUGAGUCGCCCAGUUUUUGUAUAAUUAUUUUUGUUUAUUUUAAUUUGUAAGUUUUAAAGGAGACCUUUUAGGUUUAAAAUGGGAAAAGAUAAACGAUGGUUUAUUUUAUAAAAUGGCUGUAUUUGCAGUUGAUUGACCAUAAAAUGGAGAAGUAAAAAACUGGCUGCUCCCUUUCUUUGAGUGUCUCACAUUAAAUGUAGUUUAAUUUUUAAACUAGGUCUAGUGUCUAAUGGACUUUCAGCACAUUAACUGUUCGACACAUUACAAGUCAGUUCAUUAAUUUAGGCCUGUGGUUUAUCUUAAUAGUAGAAGAGCUGCUGUUCUAGAAAGUGCAGUUAAAAUUAAGAAUCUUGUAGCACACUGCCUGGCAAAAAAAAAAAAAAAGUUGCACACACUUGCUUUGAUUAUGGUGUAAAUCUGCCAUGCCAGUGUUUUGACAGCCAUAUGCAAUGUCAUGAUUAUUUCUGUCCUGAGUUGUAUAUUUUUACUUGUCAGGAGAGUCAAACCACUCUCAUGUCACAAAAACUUUCAUUGUGGUUAAGGUCAGGACUAUGUGGUGGGCAAUUCAUGUGUGCACAGAAAAAAAACUCCAUAGAUGUGAUAACCUGGUCAUUCAGUACAUUCAGGUCAUUAGCAGACUUCAUUUUAUUGCCACAUAACGGUGCUGGGUCAAUCUGAACUCAUCCGACCACAUGACCAUUUUCUAUUGCUACAAAAUCCGAUCUUCAUACUUUCUAACAAAUGUAAUUUUUUUGUCUGAUAACGUUGCCUUACUAAACGUUUUUCUUAUGACAACAGCUGUUUAAUCCCAAUCCUGUAAAUUCUUGUCACAUUGAGCCUGUGGAACUGCUCUUAGUUUUGCUGUAUAAACGUUUAAACAUA